ACUUUCAUGUACAUGCCUUAAAUCACUUUCACAUCCUCAGACAACACUUACUUAGACCCUCAGAACUUAAGUUAUCCUCAGUGCUUACUUAAGAUUUCACAUUCUCAGACCUUUAUAACACUUGUACGCUCCUGUAUGAGUACAUGAAGGUGUAGCUUUAAUACCUUAUUAAACAAGCAUGUUUUUUUUAAUUCUAUUAUAAACCCUGCUUUUAUGAUUUUUGUUUUCAGGACAGGAAUUAUCACACAAGAAUAGAGAAAACAUGCAUAGGUGAUAAGCCCCAGUGAAGGAGAGAUGGAUAGGGGAGUUACAGGGGACUGAAUCAGCCUUUGACAGCCCAAUAUAGAGUAACUUCCUGACCCCAUUAGGACAGGCUGUUGAUUAGAAAUGAGGGUCUCUAGGAUGAUAAGCAUCCAUAAUACAUAAGAGCUACUCCCGGUAGAUGUAGGUAAGAAGAAAGAGAAGAGAGCAAGUUUAGAUAUAAGAGAAUUUUGGAUAAUUUAUUUGUGCAGUGGCAGAAGUCGCUAUCAUUGAAAAUUGAGAAUGCCAGUUUUGGCCAUUUGAAUUGUACUAAGGCUAGAGAGAAGCUUUAAUAAAAUUAGAGUCCGUGGAGGAAGAGGGGAAGGUGAACUCCACUUGAGGGAGUUUCUAUCAGCUGCAGUGGGAGCUGAGAGACAGGAGGGACAAGGUCGCGGAGGCCAAGAUGGGCUUAAGGAAGCUGUGGGGGUUUAGCAGGCAGCUCCUAGGGGAGGAGGCCAGGAAACAGGGAGGGUUUCGACAGUCGCCCACAUGGUGAGGCCCUGGAGGGUGCAGCAGGCUCCAGGAGCCAGUGAGAGGACAUUUACCAAGUAGGUGAGGAGAGAUGGAUGGUUAGAGCAGGGGGAGGAAGAAGCAGCUGAAGAAUUUGGAACCGAAAAUGUUGGGUAGCAGAAGCCACCAGAAACAAACGGUCUAUACACAUCUUAAGAGUCAAAUCAGCAACUUGAGUCAUUUUGAAAUGUUAAGACAUGGGAAUUAUAGGGUGAAGGGAAACUACUGCUGAGUUGUUAAGUCAGAGAUCCUGAGCCAAGCGGUGGACCUGACCUUCACCCCAGCCCAAAGUCUUCCCGCCUCACAGGCCCAUCUGCAUGUCACAGCUUCUCCUCAGUCCCUCUGCGGCCUAAGAGCCGUGGACCAAAGCGUGCUGCUCCUGAGGCCUGAAGCUGAGCUCUCCCCUUCCUGGAUAUAUAAUCUGCCAGAUAUGCAGCCCAGCAACUUCAUCCCAAGUCCAUACCAACUACUUGAAGAUGAAGACCCAUGUGAGUGGAAUAGAGAUAGUGAUGGCCUCGUACCCUUACACUCAAAUGAGAGGGAUGUCUACAGUUACGUGGAGGACAUGGGCUUAAAGGCAUUCACCAACUUGAAGAUCAAACAUCCUAAAGUAUGUUUGGAUGUUGAGAUUUUUACUCCAAUAGCAGUAUUUGAUGUGGAAAAUAGCAGUGAAGACUUAAGAAUCAUGAGAUUAGUAGCACAUAGAAAUCCACCAAUGGAGGUUCCACCACAUAAAGAUCCACCACGUGAAGAUCCACCACAUGAAGAUCCACCUACUGAGACCUUUAGAAAAUAUUUUCCUGAAACGUGGAUCUGGGAUUUAGUCACAGUAAACUCAUCAGGAGUAGCUGAAGUGGAAGUGACGGUCCCUGACACCAUCACUGAGUGGAAGGCCGGAACCCUCUGCCUAUCCAGUGACACUGGACUUGGCCUCUCCCCUGCGGUAUCCCUCCAAGCCUUCCAGCCCUUCUUUGUGGAGCUCACGAUGCCCUACUCUGUGAUCCGUGGAGAAGCCUUCACACUCAAGGCCACCGUGCUGAACUACCUCCCUACAUGCAUCCGGGUCGGUGUGCUGCUGGAAGACUCCCCUGAUUUCACAGCUGUCCCAGUGGCAAAAGACGAAGAUUCUUACUGCCUCUGUGCCAACGGGAGGCACACCACAUCCUGGUUGGUAACUCCCAAAUCAUUAGGGAAUGUGAAUUUCUCGGUGACUGCGGAAGCACAACAGUCCCCAGAGCCUUGUGGUUCUGAGGUGGCCACAGUUCCUGAAACUGGGAAGAAGGACACAGUUGUCAAAGUCCUGAUAGUGGAGCCCGAAGGAAUUAAGAAAGAACACACCUUCAGUUCACUGCUCUGUGCAUCAGAUGCCGGCAUAUCUGAAAAAUUGUCGCUGAUGCUCCCACCAGCAGUAGUGAAAGAUUCAGCCAGAGCCCAUUUCUCUGUGUUGGGUGAUAUCUUGAGUUCAGCCAUAAAAAACACACAAAAUCUUCUCGCAAUGCCCUUUGGCUGUGGGGAGCAGAACAUGGUGCUUUUUGCUCCUAACAUCUACGUACUGAAAUAUCUGAAUGAGACCCAACAGCUGACUGAGAAGAUCAAGUCAGAGGCCAUUGGUUACCUCAAUGCUGGCUAUCAGAGGGAGCUGAACUACAAACACAAGGAUGGCUCCUACAGCGCCUUCGGGGAUCAGGGCGGCCAGAGUGAAGGAAGCACUUGGCUCACAGCCUUUGUGCUCAAGUCUUUUGCCCAAGCUCAAGCCUUCAUCUUCAUCGAUGAAACACACAUCACCCACGCCUUCACCUGGCUCUCCCAGCAGCAGCAGGACAAUGGCUGUUUCAGGAGCUCUGGAUCGCUGUUCAACAAUGCCAUGAAGGGUGGAGUAGAAGACGAAGUGACUCUCUCAGCCUAUAUAACCAUUGCCCUUCUGGAGAGUUCACUUCCAGACACACAACCUGUUGUCUCCAAAGCGCUGACCUGCCUAGAGUCAUCCUGGAAGACAAUACAGCACAGGGGAAAUGGCAGCUCUGUGUACACCAAGGCUCUGCUGGCCUAUGCUUUCGCUCUGGCAGGGAACCAGGACAAGAGAAAUGAAAUCCUAAAAUCACUUGAUACUGAAGCUGUAAAAGAAGACAACUCCGUCCAUUGGGAAAGACCUCAGAAACCCAGGAAUUCAGAGAGGUAUCUGUACAAACCACAGGCUCCCUCUGCUGAAGUGGAGAUGAAUGCCUAUGUCCUCCUCACUCUCCUCACUGCCCAGCCAGCCCCAGCCCCUGAGGACCUGGCUUUGGCAGUGCGCAUCGUGAAGUGGAUCACAAAGCAGCAGAAUUCCCAUGGCGGCUUCUCUUCCACACAGGACACUGUGGUGGCCCUUCAUGCUUUGUCCAAGUAUGGAGCUGUUACUUUUGCUAGAAGUCAGAAAACUCCUCUGGUGACCAUCCAGACUUCAGGGUCAUUUUCUAGUGAGUUCCAAAUAGAGAACAGCAAUCGCCUGUUGCUGCAGCAGGUCCCACUACCAGACAUCCCUGGGGACUAUGACAUCAAGGUGUCAGGGGAAGGAUGUGUGUAUGCUCAGACAAUGCUAAGAUACAACGUGCACUUGGAGAAACAGGAGUCUGCAUUCACUCUGCGGGUACAGACAGUACCUCUGACUUGUGAUAACCCCAAAGGCCACAACAGCUUCCAGAUCUCACUAGAAAUCAGUUAUACAGGAAGCCGUCCAGUCUCCAACAUGGUGAUUGUUGAUGUGAAGAUGGUAUCUGGUUUCAUCCCAUUGAAACCAACAGUGAAAAAGCUUGAAAGAUCAGGGCAUGUGAGCAGAACAGAAGUGAGCAACAACAAUGUCUUAUUAUAUGUGGAUCAGGUGACCAAUCAGACACUGGCCUUUUCCUUUGUCAUUCAACAAGACAUCCCAGUGAGGAACCUGCAGCCUGCCAUUGUGAAAGUCUAUGAUUACUACGAGACAGAUGAAGUGGUUUUUGCUGAAUACAGCGCCCCCUGCAGCUCAGAGAAACAAAAUUCUUGAAACUCAUAUCUGAGGACAAGACUUUGCUGGAAUCCCCAAGCCCAGGGACCUUCAAGAUGGUGAUUUUUGUUGCCUCUGCAAUACAAAUACUGAACAAGCAUGGUAAAUAAAUACAUGCUUCUAGA